GUCGUGUACUGGGGAGUCACGACCGAACUGACUACGAUACAGGCAGACUUUGCAGCGCAGGUGCAUUGUCACCGUGUAUGGAACGGUUGAGCCGACCCCAUUCCCUGGUCUGCGCGAAGACCGGCGCCUCAACCUUCCUGCACAAUAGGAUGGUUCUCGUGCUGUUAAAGACAUUACACGAAUGCCACAUGCCAAUCGCUGUUGAAGACUCUUCCCCAUUUACUAUAGGCACUGGUAGGGGAAGAGGGCUCUACAAGAUGGAUUUAGUGAUCCCCCCAGGAUUACACGCAGGAGAUAAAGAGGAACUCUGCACCAAAUCCAUCCUUAAAGAUGUCACAGUCGUCAAUCCAUCUGUUGUAAGCGAAGUAUCGACAAGUCACUCCAAACGCCAGGAUCCGCCCUCGAAGAUCGAGCUGCAAGUUGGGAUUUCGAUAGUAGUACAAACGAAAACGAUCAUCAUGAUGGCGAUGAGGGAAAUUCGAGUGGCAACGAUGAAGGAGGAGGA